UAAAGCUGAGCAUGCAUAGCCCAACCCUCAGUUUGGAAGUAGAGAACAGUUGAGCUUCAGCCUCCUUUGUAGACAACUCUCCAAUGGCCAUUGAAAAUAAAGGAAAACCCAACACUGCCACAACCAAAGGCAAGAAGAGAAAGCAAUAUCUUCCCCACAAUAAAGCAGUUAAGAAGAAAGGGGCAUACCCAUUAAGGCCAGGAGUUCAAGGUUUCUUUAUCACUUGUGAUGGCGGCAGAGAACGCCAAGCUGCUCAUGAGGCUAUUAAUGUUAUUGACACGAGGUACGAAAUCUUGGGCUGUAUUGUAGGAGGGGGAUCUUAUGCAAGAUUAAAUCGAGUUAAAGCUUUGAUUUUUGAGACCAUAAGUGUGAGACCACAAGGUGCACAGGCAAUUCCUUGCAAGUUGGUUAUGGGUCUCCACAUAGAGCUUGAUUUCUUUGAAGAGCUAGUCCAUGGAAAGGAUUUGGGAGAGGAACCUGCAAGGUUACCCAAUAAGCCUCUAAAUAAAAAGAUUACUUUCUCAUAUAGUGAUGAUGAGGAUGAUGUUGAUGAAGAGGAGGGUGAUGAUGAAGGAGAGGAGAAAGAGCAAAAUGAAGUGACUAAAUCAGAUAUUAGUAGAGAAAAUGAUGCUAGUCAAGAAAGACUAACAAAUAAAGAUUUGGAUCAUUAUAAUUUAGAUGAUGUGUGCCAUGGGAAGGCAACAGAAGAGACUAAAGGUACUAAGGAGGAUGGGGUAAAUAUUGAAAAUCAAGCAGAUAACUUCAUGGAGCCACCAGCAAAGAAACAAUGCCGUGAAACAGAUACAUCAAAGUGUGAAACCAAUGGAAAAGAGAAAUCUAUUGAUAAGCUUAUUGAAGCUGAGCUCAAAGAGCUUGGAGAUAAGAGUAAGAGGCGGUUCAUCAACCUUGAUUCAGGUUGUAAUGGUGUUGUCUUUGUUCAAAUGCGGAAGAAAGAAGGAGAUCCUGGCCCCAAAGAUAUUGCACAGCAUAUGAUGACAUCUGCUGCAUCAACAAGGAAGCACAUGUCAAGGUUCAUUUUAAGAGUGUUACCAGUUGAAGUAGCAUGCUAUGCUUCAGAAGAGGAGAUUACAAGAGCAAUAAAACCUCUCAUUGCACAGUAUUUUCCAGUGGAGACACAGAACCCUUGGAAGUUUGCUGUACUGUAUGAGGCCCGUGCAAAUUCUGGUAUUGACAGGAUGAAAAUUAUAAAUUCAGUUGCAAAGUCUAUACCUGCACCACACAAAGUUGAUCUUAGUAAUCCUGAUAUGACAAUUGUGGUCGAAAUUAUUAAGACUGUGUGCUUGAUUGGGGUUGUUGAGAAGUAUAAGGAGUUGGCGAAAUUUAACCUGAGGCAACUUACAUCACCAAAGCAAUAGCUGCUGGUUGCAUUGAUGAAGCUGUUAGCAGCAGGCUUUCUGCCUCGUAAUGAUAUUGAGGAUUUGGAGUGAAGCGUUUUCUGCCUCGUAAUGCUUUCUGGUUACAUCACCAUCUUUUAAGUAAACAGCAAACCUUCGUUUUCAUUAAGCAUUUCUGGUAAUUGUGAACUUCAAAUUUCUCUUUACGCAUAUUUGACAAUGAAUCCAACUUCAAAUGUCAUGGAAAUGCGUCAGCUUGUGAUUCAAUAGUGAUCAUGUUCGAGUUGCCCUCGUCUCAAAUUUAAUUUUCAUCAUAAAGUAUUAUUGUCUUAUUUGAACUAACACAUGUGAGAGUGCAUUUUCAUUUGAUAGUUGUGCAAGUGAUUUUUAGACUUGA